AUGGUGGAUUAUCAAAAGUGGAUAGGAGAAAAGGAUGACGACACUGAAAUUUCGAAGUUGUCGCUUCCAGGAACUCACAACAGCGCUGCAUGCCAUGUCGCACUACCUUCUGUCAAAUGCCAAGACCAUAGUGUGAGUACGCAGCUCCGUAACGGGAUCAGAUUUUUUGACUUCAGAUUAGGCAAACUCUUCCUCAAAGAUGGUGAGGAUGGUAAGUAUAAUGGCAAAGAAUUACAGGUCAUUCACGGGAAGUUUCCUGUGAGAAUUCCCAUUCCACUUAAGUUUUCCUCUGUUCUUGAUGAAUUUUACUCGUUCCUAGACCAAAACCCAAGCGAAACAUGCAUUGUUUCAAUUAAACAAGAGGGGGAUAACUUCAACGAUAAAAGCGAAUUCCCAAGAUUUGUUUGGGAUCAGUACAUCAAUCAAAACCUCGAUAAAUGGUACUUGAAUGGUGAUGUCCCCAAGAUACGGGACGCGAGAGGCAAGAUUAUAUUAUUUCGCCGCUUCGGCCUCACCGACGAGUUCCAGGACAGGCCUUAUGGUAUCGACGCAGCAUGGUGGCCCUAUAAUACUAUUAAUGAUGACAGAGGCGUCUUCCAAGUUCAGGACUUUUGCGAAGUCAAACAUGCAGAAGACAUCCAUACCAAAGCAGGUUAUGUCAAAGACUUUCUUCAAACUGCUACUCAGCACAACAGUAGCGCAGAUGCCCCUCCCCGGCUUUUUGUGAAUUUCUGUACCGGCGCCAAUCUAUUCGACAUGGACUGCUGGCCAGAAAAGGUCGCUGAUGAGAUGAGAAAAUGCGACAUUGGAGCGCUUGUUAAUAAGGGAUGCGGGAUCGUUAUUUUGGACUAUGCUGGCAGAGACAACUGGGAUCUAGUGAAGAGCAUAGUUGAUUCCAAUUUUUAG